CUCCAAAGUUUAAACUCCUCAUAUGCAACCAGACACCGCUGCUGUCCCGGACUCAGCUCCUCAAGAUAUGACAGCAUAACACAUGUCUUCUCUGUUCAGCGGGAAAUGACUUGUCAUUCUCUCAUUACAGUAGCGAUAACGACGAGCACGACACAGAUGAGCCGCCAGCUCUGGAGUUCAAUCUUCGAAAACUCAAGGCCCGCGCAACUGAGGUCCCCCUGGAGCCAAAUGUACCAGGGCUGACAAGGGCACACGAGGAGCCAGCCACGAGAUCUUCAUUCUCCGGUUCCAGGACUCACCGACGGCGCCAGCACCCUCGCUCGAGCGAUGUUCUCCUGCAUUGCGCGCUUCGUCCGUGUCAUGGACAAUCCAGCCAAGACGAUCAGCGAGAUAGCCACGAUCCGGCACGUCCGUGAGCACACACACCAUUCCCGUGCCCGAGAUAUACCACUACAACCUGGGCCCCGACAACGAGGUCGGCGGCCCAUCUCAGCUCAUGGAGCGGCUGCCUGGGCUUCCCCCCUCUGGGAGAUGUGGGACUUCCUCACCCGAGCUGCAAUCCCUCUACCGCCAAAUCCAGGCCGAGCUCGCCAAUCCCCUUGCCGCCAGCGCAGCACCCUACCUCCAACCGUCUUUUGCUCUGCUGCACGCGGACCUCAAACCCCAAAACGUCCUUUUUACCCGGCGCUCCCCGGACCCAAAGUCGAACCCAAACAGCCCCGUUUCGCCGCCGCCUUUUUUGACAAGGGUAAUCGACUUUGAAAAUUCCUUCGCCGCCCCGCUGUACUACCUCUACGAAUACCCCGUCCUCAUCCAAGACGUCUCCUGGUCUCCCGAGCGGUACGCGACCGACGCUUAACGCCGCGCCCACUUCGUCCGGGCUGUGUGGGAGGCGCUACCGGAUGAUUAUGAGGCGAGGAGAGUAGUGUCUGUGGAAUGCAUGGACGGGAACAGGUAUCUGCUGAGCGGGUUCUAGGAUGAGCUUUACGUCGGUGGGGAGGAGCGGGGGCGAGAAGGAGUUGAAGGACGCGCCGUGGUGGUUUCUGGAGGAGCUGAGGACGGGACGGGAGGGCGUACCAUGGGCGGGUAAAUGAGCAAGUGGUUGUGGAAAAAGGUAUGAUUUGGAGGGGAGGGUUAUUAUAGGUGAUGGGUGCACAUAAGAACGCUGACCGGGGUCGAGGAGGACACGAUUUUUAGAUGGUGUAAUACAUACAGCCCCGUGGUGUCGGAGCCCAUGCGCGUGGCGAUCAUGCUACAUUAACCCCCAUGCCACAGUGAUAGUCCAAAUCAGCAAACAGCUGAGUAUAAUCG